GUCUUCGCUAGACGAGCCUGAGUUUAUGCCGGGGCCUAUCGACCCAGGCCUGGCGCAGCGCAGGGCUGACCAGGCUACCGCCAAGUUCCUACCCGAGCUGCUCAACAGCCGCGAGUUUCGCGAGCGCUACGAGAUCCGCCGCAGGCCUUUAGCCUGCGCGCGCUUUACGUCCGGUCUGCUCUGGGCUCUUGCCGGCGCGGCGGUGAUGCUUCUUGCGCUGCUGGCGUUCCCGCAGCUGCUGCUCCUGCUGGGCGGCGAUGUGGGUCGGGCGCUGUCGACCCGCAGCAGCAGCGGCGCGCCUGCCGUGGCGUGGCCCGCCGCAUCCCAGCAACUGUCGCAGCAGCACCUUCCCAACCCGCACCCGUACCAGAACCCUUCGCCCCGUUCUGCUGGCCAGCACGCGGUGGGUGACCGGGUUGCUGCAGUGCCCACAGCUGCCGGUGCAACUGACGCAGCUCCUGCUGCAAUCCCCAUGCUGGAUGCCGCCCCCGGUGUUCUUGGUGCUGGCGUCCAGCAGCCCACUGGUGUCGAUGGCUCCGACGUCGAGAGCGCAAAGGAUAGGCCGCCUGCUCCGGCCGCGCCAGCCGCUCGGAGGCCACCUGCUGCUGCGCCUCCGCUGCUGGGUGCCAAGACCCCACCGGCACCGCCGACAUCCCCUCCGGCCGCGGCUGCUGCCGCUCCGCUAAGCACCAGCAGGUCAGCUGCAGCGCGCCGUCUGCCGUCCGACCAUGAGCCGCUCCGGCGGGUGGUGCAGCUGCAGCCUUCCGACCCGUCGCCUGACAGCCACAAGGCACCGCCGCCACCUACACCCAAGCUGCCGCUGCCGCUGCCAUCCCCACCCACUUCAUCCCCGGUGUCUACUGCAUCCCUCUGCCUGCGAUUCCGCUGCUGGCAGUGGCAGCCGCCGCUACAGGGGCAGGGGCAGGGGCAGGCGCAUGCGCCUGGGACUGCAGGCAUUGCAGCCACAGCGGCCUCCGUCCAUCUUUGGCCUGACGCCACCCAGUUGGUGCUAGUUGCCCUGAUGAAGUCGGUUCUGCUGGUGCUGGUGCUGGCGUUGCUGGCUGCUGUCGCCGUGUGGCUAACCGCCCCGCUUUCUGGAGCGCUGCCAGCGGCGGCGGGCACUUCUGGCAGCGCCGUCGAGGCCAACCCAGAUAAGAGCAAGACCCCCUCUACGGACACACCCGCCACCCCACCUCCUAGCACCGAUGCCAGCACCAGCGCAGUGACCGAGACGUCUGCGGUCAUGGCUGCCCCGCUGGCCCAGCCGCUGCCCAGAUCCGACAGCCAUUCCGGCCUCAACUCCGCUGCACGACCCCAGCAGCUGCACCAGGUCGGCAGGUGCUCGCCCGUCACGCACUCACCCAUGGAGUCGACCGCAGCCAGCGGUGGCACCUGGAGCUCACGCAGCGGAGGUGCAGGCGAGGACGGCGAAGAUCGCGCGCAGCCGUACACCGCAGCAGCGACCAGAGGGGGCCAGUCCGCAGCCAUGGUCAAGGCGCCGGCAGAGGAGGCUGGUGAGCAGGCGUCGGACACCACGCCAGCCACGAAGUGGACUCAGUUUGAGACUCCAAGCCGCGCGCCGUCGUUCCGCGACCAGCUGCCGUCGCUGCCUGAGGCGUUUGCGGUAUGCAGUCUGACUGCUUGUGUGGAGCCCCAGUCAGCGAUGCUUCAGCCCCAGACGGCUCUGCCGCAGCUCCAGGCCAGCGAUCGCCAGACCGCUCCACAGGGGCAGGAGCUGUCCACCCCAUCUGCUGGCGCGGCCACUUCUGGCAGCGCCGCGACCAGCACCAGCACCGGCAGCCGCAGCCGCCUGCCUUCGGUGCUGCGGCCGCUGGUGGACUACGGCAUGACGUCAGUCUCCCAGCCGCCUGCCGCCGGUGGCACAGGUGCAGCCUGUGCUGCGGCCACCCCAGGCGCUGUGAGCGACGGGGCGUCACCUCCACUGGACGCGACCUCAACAGCCGCGCCGUGGCCCUUCGUGUACCCUGACUCGGUGGAGCGGGCCCGCCUCACCGCCACCCCGACCGCCUCCACCACGUCCACCAGCGGAAGUGAGGGCGUGCGCGCCGCGGCAGCAGCUGCGGCUGCGGCGGCUCUGACACCUGCCGUGUGGUCUGGCACGGCCGCACUGGCAGGACCUGCUGGCGGCGCUGACGAUUCCGACCAUCCCAUCUUUGACCUCUCCCGCUAUGACUCAAACGGCGACGAACUGCCACUCCUGCCGCCGUCACCUUCAGCCGCCGUCGCGUCGCCGUCACAGCCAACAGCAGCUGCGCCGCAGCCUCGUAUGCCGGGCCCCAGCAGGCUGCCGCGGCUGUCAGUGCUGCCCGAUCCUAAUUCCAAGGAGUCCAUGGCCCACGGCGACGGCGCGAGCGCGGCGGCCGACGGCGGUGCAGGCCGGCCUCCGCCCCACCACCGCUGGCGCCUGGCCAAGAAGGCCGUGUCCCUGAAGCUGCAUGCCGCCCGCCGCACCGCCACUGACACCUCAGCCCAUCGCGACAGCCACAACGCCGACUCCGUCAGCGGUGGCAGUGGCUCUGGUGGCAGUGGCGGCGGGCUUGCGAGUGGUGCCGCCGUCAAUGCGGCUCUGCAGGCGGCGGCUGACGCAGCUGACCAGACUGCAGAGACUCCACGUCUGGCUCCCGCUGCUGAGCAGCAGCUGCAGCUGCAGCGCGGGCCUUCGCUGACGCUGCAGCUGUCGGAGGCAGUGGAGAUGGAGACACCUGUUUGGCCGCCGCUGUAUGGUAGGCAGGCGCGCGGCGCUGGCGCUGUGGCGGCAGCCGCUGACCCUGCUGAGGGUGAGGGUGGCGGCGCCUGCGGAGAUGGCGAGGGUGGUGAUGACGUGGAGUCCCGCGGCCACUUCGCCGCAGAGGCCCUCACCCUGGCUGACUGCCUGAGUGCGGCCCGCGGCAGCCGCGGCGGCUGUGCCACGCCGGCCGCAGCCGCCGCCGCUUCUGCUGCUGCAGUAGCAACUGCAGCAGGAGGCGAGACGGGUACCCUGGGCGCCUGGUCUUUCUUUGGGCAGCCAGCCGACCUUUGCAACGACCGGGCCGCGCCAGGUUUCCUGCCUCGCCACGUGCCUGGCCCCUUCGCCACUGCAGCCCACUCGCCCAGCAUUUCUUCAGUGCUGCCGGCUGCGCUUCACCGCGCGCCCGAGCUGGACCGUGGGCACGCGGCCGCAGCGGCUGCGGCGGUGGCCACGCUGCAGUCACUCAAGCACUCCGCGCGGCGCCUGGUGGAGGCGACACGUGCCGGUAGCUAUUGGCGGCCGCAGGACGGGCCCGAGUCAGCAGGGGGCGCCGACGCUGACCGGGAGCUGCGCAUGGCGCAGACCGAGCUGCAUGCCGCUGCCUCACAGCUGAAGCAGCUGCGGCUCUCUGCCCCCAGCGGCUCUGCGCCGCCAGCAGCGGCACCUGCCCGCAAGGCCCUGGCCUUUACGCCGGCUGCGACUCCGUUCGCCGCCGCUGCCGCGGCCGCCGCCAAGAUGCCGCGCCGCCCGCUCGCUGACAUCUCAGCUGGCGCUGGCAGCACCCCCGCUGGAGCGCCUGGCUGGGGUGAAAGUCGCAGCAGUGACAGCUGGGCCAGCAUCGGCAGUCGCGUGGUGCCGCAUGGGGAGCGUGAGACUGCAGCAGGCGAUGGCGAUGGCAGCGGCGCGGAAAGCGCCAGCGACAGCUUCCUUGUCACUCCGGCGCCGCGUGCGCCGCCGGUGGCCCCGCUGCCCAUCCGGCGCAGCAAGAUUCCCCUGCUGACCCCGGCGUCAGAGUCAGCUGGCGCCGCUGCCACGUCAACAGCGGCGGCCUCAAUGCCGCAGCUGCACCUGGGCACUGCAGCUGUGGACGACAGCACAGUAGCGACUCCCGGGGCUGCUUGGGUGCACGCUGCCGGUACCCCCAGCGCCAGUGUCGAUAGCACAGGAGGGCUGUCAUCCAUCCUUCCGGAGGUGGCGGCAGCGGCGGCAGCCAAGGCGAUGCAGCCGGGGCGCAAACGCCUGACAGACCUGGUGUCUCCUGGUGACAGCGCCGCAACUGGCGAGGGAGGGCGUGUGCGCUCUGGGCUGCCGCGCUUGGUGCCCUGGCCGGUGCUCACAGCAACUGGGUCGCAGCAGGGCAGGCCGCCGGCACCAGCCCCAACGCCAGGCAGCGGCAGAACGGCAGCACCCGCUAUCCUGUUUGCUAGCAGCAGCUUGACAAGCAGCGCCGAGCAGGUGCAGGGCGCUACCAGCAGCGAUGACGGCGGCAGCAGCACCCGCAGCAGUAGCGACGGCGGCAUAAGCGCAGCUGACCCAAACAAGAAGAACUGCGAGCCGCCGGCACACGAGUCACCCCGGCGCCGCUCCAGCUCCUCCCCUGCGUCCUCCUCGCCUGCCUCCUUCCACCUGGCGGGCCACGAGCUGCCCUCGGACGCCGAGGUGCAGGCCUUCCUGGCCGCCACUGCCCUCAGCCAGUCCCCGGCAGACGCUGCAGCGGCUGCCUCGUCGCCGCCGCUGAGCCCGCUGGAGAGCCUGCUGCGCGUGCUGCCCGCUGCGGUGGAGGUGCUGGUGGUGCAGUUGUGCGCUUUGGCGGACCUGGCGGCAGAGCGACAGCGCGAGGUGCUGGCGUGGCACGCGACUGCGGCCGCUCAGGCUAUGCUGAUGCGUGAGGCCGACUACGACGUGCAUGCGGCUGAAGCCGCUGCCGUGACCAAGGCCGCUGGGGAAAUUGUCCCGCCGCCGCCGAACAGCAAUGGGAGGGCAUCCUUUGAGCAGGAGAUGGCAGGCGGCGCCGCGCAGGCCGCGAGCCCUGCUGUCGUGCGUGGCCCUGUGCUGCAGGGCGCUAAGCAGGCAGCACCCAGCGCUGCUGCCGCUGAUGGGCCCAACCCGGAGCAUGAACCUUCAUCGCUUUCACGCACAACCCCGCUGUCGGAGGCUGCGGCCGCGCGUGAUAUGACGCCAGGCGCAGUGCUGGGCCACUCGCCCGCCACGCGCUGCAACUCAGAUGAGGGCCGUGCACUGAUGGCGCUGAUCGGCCGCAUGGUGGAUGAGCUGGAGCAGGAGCAAGGUCCGCCUGUGGCGCCAGCACUGGGGCUGGACAUGGGCACCGUUGACCUGCAGGGACCAGCUGAGAGCAGCCAGGGCCGUGUGGUGCCGGUGGAGCCCACGUCGUCACCGGCACCGCAACAGCAGCUGGGGGAAGUGGAGCGCCCGCUGUUUGAGAUUCCCCUGGACGGGGCCGAGCAGGCCCAAGCCGCGGCUGCUUCUGGCAGCAACGACCUGUCGCGCAGCCUGGCAGUGCCGCUGGAAGCCCCGCCCGCUAAUGCGGACGCGAGCAUGAUGGCGGCGCGGGCAGGAAGCUCUGAUGAUUCGGUGGCACAGGGCGUCGACAGCAACGGGAGCGAGGCGCCGGCUAUAGCCGAGAGCGAGGAGGGCGAUGCGGAGUACGUGGUGGUGUACGGCCUGGUCGAGAGCAUGCGCACGCCUCGUGCCAGGGGCAGCGGGUCACGCGCGUCCUCCAUGGCGACCACGCCAGUGCUAGCUGGCGAGUACAAUGACGGCGCCACAUCCGCCAGCGUGUCGGCGACUGGGCCGGCCGCAGCCAUGGCUUCACACGGCGCAACUGUGCGUGUCGCGCCACAGCACGGCAGCGGUGCCGUCUGCAGCCCUGGUGCCGCAGAGGCGCCUGCGGCCGCGGCGCAUGAGUCCUGGGCGCCGAGCUGGAGUCCAUGGCCGCCUGUAGAGCCGUAGAGGCAUCAGCGCUGCCUCCUGGUGCCGAGCUCGGCGUGGAUGUGCCAGCCACUGCAGUAGCCGAGGUGGGACGUGCGGAGGCCGACAGCGUGCUGGCGAGCGGAAGCACGGCGGAAGAGGAGGCGUGUGAGGGCAGGUUGCGUAUACAUUUGCAGCGCGGCCUUGUACAUGCGAGUGGGGUUUCCAGAGGUCCGUGUGUGGAUUGGCCCGUUCAAGACGUGGCUCAGUACCAUGAGCGGCACUGUGACGGUAUGAUGAUGCGGCACACGGUGCAGAAAGUUGGCUGUCCUGCUUGCUGCACUCCUGCGCCCAUGGCUCCCACACGGUGCGGUGUAUGCGCAGGAUUGCGCGCAUAGAUAUCGCUGUGUACAUGAGAGUACAGUCAGCUGAAAGUGAAGCUAUGUGCGUGAGACCAAUCGUUCAGGGCCGCUUCGCCAUCUAGGGUGGCUGUCGUGUCGAAGUCGGACGGGGCAGCGUUCGAGGUUAACUCGCGCGUCACGCAUCGUAUGGCGCAUGGGUUUCUUAUAUAAGGAGAAG